GUUUUCGUAGACAACGAUCGUUGGUGUUACCAAGCAAGUCACGAUGGAAAUGUUCUGUCUAAAAAGCCCGAGACCAGUAAUAGUGGUAUAUUAUAUAUAACCCAAACGAAGCGGCGGUAAUUACGACCUAAGUUCGACUGAAAGAGCUUCCUACUCUUAACGGUAGGCCUACGAAUCUAUACCCUCUUGAGCCCCUAGACUACACCUGAUUAUUCAUACUCAAGAAUUGGUGUUAGUGCGAGAUGAAGGGAAAAAAUAUGAUGUGGCUCGGUGCGACUCUGGUUUUCUCUGUCAGCGUGAUAGCUGCCUCUGACAGCACAUACAUCACAACUGAACCAAGUCUACCCGAGCCUUCUGCCAAUGGUAUCAUUGCCGCAAUCACCCCAACAUCUGCUGGUCAAAUUGGUAUAAACCCUGUUGCGGCAGAACUUGGUAACCCGAGUGACUAUGUGCUCACAGACUUUGGUCCCAAUAACCAUGUGGUAACAUGGGAUGGGCAAGUAUACCACUACAUAGAAGGUCAUACGGGUUACCUCUCUCUUGAGACGAUAACUACUACAGUCGGGUCCAAGACAUCGACCAUGACCUCGUCGGUUAAGGUCGCUGUCCAAACCUUACCAGCGGGUGGUUCCGGGCUUACGUUUUCAGAAGACAUCGGGGAUGCUUUGCGGAAGUCUGCCGAUGCUGCCAACGCGGUAUGUGGAGCCAAAAAAAGAAGCCUAAGGAGGAGCUUUGACUCAACUUCGUGUUUAAUUGAUGCGGCUGUGGAGGCGAGUGACGUGGAGGGACCCCUUAAAGGCGCGGCUACAGACUCAUGGUGGGAGUUACUAGAGAUCGACAUUGCGCAGCAUGCGCCCGAGUAUCUUGCUAGUGCCGUCGCCGUUUUGAAAAGUCAGGCACGGAAGAAGAAAACAUUAGCCAUCGUGAGCCUCUUUCUCACUGGUUGGGUUGCGAAGCAUGGCCCGCUUGCGGGAGUUCGUGUACCGCCGGGAGGCGUCGGUAAACCCGAUGAGGACAAGACAAAGUGUGAUUCUAGCUUGCCUGCUGGCCAAGACUCUCCUCUUUGCCAGGAUAAGGAUUGCCAAGGAAAGGAAGACACUCAAAAGUGCACCACUGGACAAGGAAAGGGCUGCGCAUGUCUUCUCCUCGGCGUGGACGAGCCGCUGCAGUUCUACGAGCGGACUUGGUGGGACCAGCAAGAGGCUAUCAUCUCAUCAGUCGCCGCGAACCCUAACCUGCUUGGCAAGCCGACGCCGUCUUGCUCUCUCAACAGUGCUGGCACGGCUUUUGACGGCAAGCCAGCUAAAACGCCUGCAGCGUGGUGUGUAUGUCGUGACAGCAACACCGAAAGGUUGUAUGCCACUGUUGAUAAUCCAUCUUCCCCGUGCGCUUACACAAGUCUCCCAACCAAUACGAUCUCUCCCACGCUUACUGCUGUGACUGGCGUAAGCGUGACUUCGUGCCGUAUGGAGACGAAUACACCAUCUGCUUCAGUUAAAGAGUCCGUAUGGUGCACGUGCAACGACAAUGUGAGGUAUGGAGUCACGACCCGGACGACAUCCGGCUCGACUACGGUGGACUGUCUGACUCCAACACCGACGAGAACAUCUACCACGCCAACGACACCAUCCGCCACACCAACACCAACUUGCGACUACCCAAAGCCGAAAAAGCAAAAAAAGAAGUUCACAAUUGAGCAGGAAGCAUUUAUCCCAGCAGCCGAGAGGUUCUGUAGCGACAACAAUAAGGGGUACCUUCGAGAUCUUAGCGGCGGUUCGUAUGGCAAUGUUCUAUCCGAGUACUUCUCGACUGGUGCGAGCAAGGGUGGACAACUCUAUCUCUAUGCGUUCCUCGACAAAGGCUGUAAGGGCCCGACUUUCAUCAACCAAGACGAUUGCAUGGCAGCAUAUCAUAGCAUCUUCGACCACUGUGACGUCGGGGCGGCGAUGCGGCUGGGCGGUGCUGCCAGCAUCAAUUGUCAAUGGUUCAAUAUCACUGCUGAGGACAAAUGCGUUGGAACUGACGAGAGCAUUUUGCACCCCAAGAAAUGCCCCAUUGGGUAUCCGCUUGGCUAUGAAGACUGGCCGAUGGGGUUCAUCCCGUCUUGAUCUACUACGUAGAGUAUAUAGUAUAUCAUUUCUGAUCUUGUAUAUUUCACAUAUUACUGAACGUUAUGAAGCACUUUUGUAAAUGAUUUCACAAACCUCAUGUCGAAGAUGGAAUAAAAUUCGGUACAUAUGAGCUCACCAACCGUGAUGCUUGUACUGUCUUCAGUGGGGGAUUAUACUCACUCGUACGAGAAGAACCGGCUACAAAGUAUUACCUAUUCA